UCCCUCUCCGCCUCUCGAGCCUUCUUCCAAAGGCCGGUGCUUGGCGAUUCUAUUUUUUUGGGCAGCGGCAGCGGACGGCGACCGGCGACGGACGAUCGGUGGACGGCGACCGCGACGGCGACGGAGGCGACGGGCGAUAUAUAGCUUGGAAGUUGGGAACUCAAAUUCUGAUUUUAAUGGAGGCAAGCCAUGAUCUGUCCCUUUGAUUGCGGUGGAUUAUUUCUUCUCUCGGAUAUGUAGCUUGGAAGUUGGGAACUCAAAUUCUGAUUUUAAUGGAGGAAAGCCAUGCUUCAGAAAGCCUCCAAUUGCUUGCUGGUUUAUUUGACUGUUACUUGAUUGAGUAAAAAUGCCUCAGAGGCAUUCAAAGAACAACAACGAUCUUGCGUUCUUCACAUAUGAUGAGAAGCGUAAGCUUGGGUAUGGGACUCAAAAGGAAAGGCUUGGAAAAGACUCCAUAAAACCUUUUGAUGCGUGCUGCCUCUGCUUGAAGCCCUUUAUUGAUCCCCUUUGCUGCCAAAAAGGUCACGUCUUUUGCAAAGAAUGCAUAUUUGAGUGUUUGCUGGCACAGAAAAAGGAUAUCAAAAGGAAGCUUGCUGCUCAUGCUGCACAACAAAAGCAAGAAAAAGAGGAAGAGAAUGAGAAGGCAAUGUUGCGUAAGGCCCGAGAGAUCGAUGCCUUUGAUCAGCAGAACCAUGGAGCUGUGCCUCAGUACAAUGACAGAAACCAUGCACAGGACAAGAAUGGCUUCCAUGGGGCAAACAGUGUCAAAGUGACGUCAUAUGAAGAGGAAGCUCUCCGCACCAUGAAGGCAUUUUGGCUGCCUUCUGCAACACCGGAAGCACCAGUGAAGUACGAGGCUCCUUCCACGGACACCGUAUGCCCAGAAGGCAGAGAGAAGCUCAAGCUUAAGAGCUUGUUCCCCUUGUGCUUCACGGAGGAAGGCAGUGAUGAUAAAGCCAGUCCACUGAACAGGAACUUCAUGUGUCCGAGCUGCAAGAUCACUCUAACUAACACGGUUACACUUGUGGCUGUGAGCACUUGUGGCCAUGUUUACUGUAAGAAGUGUGCGUACAAGUUUAUAGCAGUGGAUAAAGUAUGCAUGGCUUGCGAUAAGGAGUGCAAAGAGAAGAACUUGGUUUGUCUAGUGAAAGGAGGGACGGGCUUUGCAGGACAUGGGGACCAUUUGGAGGCAACGGAUUUCAAGCAUCUGGGCAGUGGCUCAGGGUUGGGACUCGUCAGGCCGACUACCAAAACGUAGUGGAAGAAAUGGUGGUGAAAGUUCGUGUCUUGGCCAUUAGCAGUUGGAAUUGGAUUCCAGGUGGAAGCAUCCAUGCACUGAGAAAGUUGGUACCGUUGUGAUCAGAAAAGAUAAUGUACUAUAGUUAUGCUCAAAUUCUGUGCUUUGUUUAAGAGCAUAAAUGCCCCGUAGGCUUUUCAUCAGAUCCAUUCCGUGUGAGCAUAUUUGUAUCCUGAGGAUCAAUUGCCUUCUAAAUCUUGAUGUUUAAGUUUACCCUUUAGUACGGUUUAUGUGGUCGACUAAAAAAGGUUGACCUUUUUUAUUUUCUCGAUAUGCAAUGUCCUUGAAUCUCUGUGUGUCUUUA